AUGGCCCGCCUGCUGGGCACCCUGCGCAGCUCCCAGCCCGUGGCGCGCUUCCAGCGCUCCUGCGGGCUCUUCCCCGCUGCCGAGGAGGGCGGCUGCAGCCGCGACCCCGCGGAGGGGCCCCGGGCCCGCGGCGCCUGCAAUGGAGCGGGCGCGCUGCGCUGCCCGCAGGGUUGCACACAGAAGUAUAUUGUGAAGAACUACUUCUACUACUACUUGUUCAAGUUUUCAGCUGCUUUGGGUGAAGAGAUUUUUUAUAUCACUUUCCUUCCAUUUACCUACUGGAAUAUAGAUCACUCUGUGUCCAGAAGGAUGAUAAUUGUUUGGUCUAUAGUGAUGUACAUAGGCCAGGUCUCCAAGGACAUCCUGAAGUGGCCUCGGCCCCUGUCACCACCUGUCGUGAAGCUGGAGAUGAGGACGAAUGCAGAGUAUGGGAUGCCAUCCACCCACGCCAUGGCAGCUACAGCCAUCUCCUUCUCCUUUUUCAUUGCAACCAUGAACCAGUACAAGUAUCCAUUCGAGCUCGGCCUCGUAGCAGCGUUCGUGGUUUCGACGUUGGUGUGUCUGAGCAGGCUCUACACAGGGAUGCACACAGUCCUGGAUGUGAUCGGAGGAGCACUGAUUUCGGCUGUGCUGCUCGUGCUCUUGUAUCCUGCGUGGGACACAAUAGAUCACUUGCUGUUAACCAGCCCCUUCUGCCCAUUGUUCUCCGUAGUUGUGCCUCUUGUCUUAUGUUACAACUACCCCAAACUAGACUAUUACAGCCCUACCAGGGGAGACACCACUACGAUCUUAGGAGCAGCAGCUGGAGCAACUGUGGGAUUUUGGUUAAACAACCAGUACGCUGCUUCGGCCUACGCUGGCCAGAGCCUUCAGCCUGGCCUCCCUCUGAUCGCCAGCACAAUGGUGUUGGUGCUAGCCAGGUUCUCCGUGGGGAUCUUGGUUGUCCUGCUGACACGCUGGCUCAUGAAGAGCGUGGUCCUUGGCGUGCUGGGCCGUCGGUACAAGUUCCCCAUCGGUGACCUGGAAGCCCGGAGGCGCCUGGAAGUGGAGGUGCCCUACAAGUUUGUGACCUACUCCUCCGUGGGCUUCACGGCCACCGUGGUUGUGCCGCGGCUGCACGAGCUGCUGGGGCUGAUGUGAGCACAGCUCCUCCUCGCCGAGCCGCCGCUUCGGACACGGGACAGUCCAGGCUGCUGACCAAACCAAAAAGUGUUUUGUGCCUUUCUGCACUGGUGUGGUGGGUUUGGCUCUGGCUGGAUGCCAGGGGCUCACCAAAGCUGCUCUAUCACUCCUCUCUCUCCAGGGAGAGAAAAUAUAAUGAGAGGAUCAUGGCUCAAAACAAGGGCAGGGAGAGAUCACUCAGCGGUUUUACUGUCA